AUGCUGCCGCCAGGCCUCUGGGGCGCUGGGUUGUGGAUGAGUAGGACCAUGAGCUGGGGCGUUUUGGAACCUCGACCCCCGGGGAAGCGAUGGCUGGUGGCUGGCCUGGGGAACCCCGGACUGCCCGGCACGCGGCACAGUGUGGGUUUGGCAGUGCUGGGGCAGCUGGCGCGGAGGCUCGGUGUGGCGGAGAGCUGGGCACGCGAUCGGCGCUGCGCCGCCGACCUCGCCCUGGCUCUGCUGGGGGACGCUCAGGUGGUCCUUCUUCGGCCCCGACGGCUGAUGAACGCCAACGGGCGCAGCGUGGCCCGAGCCGCGGAGCUAUUUGGAUUGACGGCUGAAGAGGUCUACCUGGUGCAUGAUGAACUGGACAAACCCCUGGGGAAGCUGGCUCUAAAGCUGGGGGGCAGCGCCAGGGGCCACAAUGGAGUCCGUUCCUGCAUUAGCUGCCUGAACUCCAGUGCAAUGCCACGGCUGCGGGUGGGCAUCGGGCGCCCAACACACCCUGAGGCUGUACAGGCUCACGUGCUGGGCUACUUCUCCCCAGCUGAGCAGGAGCUGCUGCCUGCAGUGCUGGAACUAGCCACUGACUUGCUCCUGAACCACAUCCGUGAACGGAGCCAGGGACAGCCCAUGCUGGGUCCCUGA